AAAUGAGUUCAUUUCUGCAUAACGUAUUCUGCAUGGAAAUUAGUAUAUAUAAUAGUUGAUAAUCUGAACUCACCUUUGCUACUUAACGGAAUAAUAGCUACAACUCGUUAUAUUUACUAAUAAUAUGAGUUCGGUUAGUGAGAGUCAUAUAGAGAUUUUGGUGGCAUUGGCCGAUGGGAUCAUCCAUGACACAACGGCCGAUGUCGUCAGACCCUACUUGGACCCCGGAUUUCCAAUUGACAGGCUUGAAGAAUACUUGAAGAACUACACCAGACCCUCAGAAACAGAAGGGUUUAAGCAAUUCGUCACUAACGUGAUCAAUUCGAAUCCGACCCAUUCCAGGAGAAUGUUCACUGUGCUUAUGACGGUGUUAGACUCCCGGAUCUUAGCACCAACUCUCACGGGCUCGCUUACAUUGAUCAGAGAUAUGACGGUAGAACAGCGUGAGCAGCUAUUACAAUCGUGGAGAGAUUCUCCUAUAGUGACCAAAAGACGUGCAUUCAGAAUGGUGCACGCUGCAGCCGUGUCCACAUUCGCGAGAAUGGCUACAGACUUGCACUUGAAGGCUAUUGGCUAUCCUGGAGUCGAGACGAGAGAAAAGCUAUAUGCUGACCAAGUGCCCGACACUUUCAAAUAUUCGAUGUUGAAAAAACCACAAGUUGACGGCUACGAGUUGCACAUUCCUGACGUCGAUGUGUUAAUCAUUGGGUCUGGUUCUGGUGCCGGUGUCGUUGCUCAUACUAUAGCUGAAGCAGGAUAUAAGGCUUUGGUUCUCGAGAAAGGAAAGUACUUUUCGAGCGAAGAAUUCACCUUCAAUGACUUGACUGGAUACCAGAACUUGUAUGAACAACAAGGUGCCUUAGUCUCUUCCAACCAACAGUUGUUCGUAUUGGCUGGGUCUACAUUUGGUGGAGGUUCUGCCAUCAACUGGUCUGCUUGUUUGAAGACUCCAUUCAAGGUCAGAAAAGAAUGGUACGACGACUUUGGUCUUGAAUGGGCUGCCAGCGAGUCAUUUGACAAGUGCACUGACUAUGUAUGGACUCAGAUGGGUGCGAACAAGAACAACAUCAAUCAUUCUUUAGCCAAUAAAGUUAUUUUAGAAGGUGGUGCCAAGUUGGGCUACAAGGUCAAGGAAGUGGAACAGAACAAUGGAGCCCACGCUGAUCACAGCUGUGGUUUUUGUCACCUCGGUUGUAAAUACGGAAUCAAACAGAGUUCCCCAGCUUGCUGGUUCAGAGAACCAGCAGACAAGGGCUCAUUGUUUAUGGACCAAGUUAAAGUGAUCAAGGUUCUCCACAAUCGUGGAGUAGCCAUCGGAGUCUUGUGUGAAGAUAUCCUCACUGGAAAGCAGUUCAAAAUUACAGGUCCUAAGAAGUACGUAGUGAGUGGUGGUUCAUUGUGUACGCCAGUUGUUUUACAGAACUCCGGUUUCAGAAACAAGCAUAUAGGUGCCAACUUGAAGUUGCACCCUAUCUCGAUUGUUUUCGGAAACUUUGGCAGAGAAGCCAGAGCUGAUCCUCAUGAACAUCCUAUAUUGACUUCUGUGUGCACUGAGGUGGACGAUUUGGAUGGAAAGGCUCACGGUGCUAAGAUCGAAACCGUUUUGAAUGCUCCAUUCUUGGAGUCGGUAUUCCUUCCAUGGCAGAACAGUGACAAGCUCAGAGAAGACUUGUUGAAGUACCAGAAUCUUGCAACCAUGUUGCUAAUCACAAGAGACAAAUCCAGCGGAUAUGUGAGGGCAGAUUCCAACGCUCCUAAUUCGUUGAUUGUUGACUACACAGUUAACCAAUACGACCGUAAUGCUUUGCUCCAGGCUUUUGUCACCACUGCAGACAUGCUCUAUAUCCAAGGUGCAAAAGAGAUUUUUGGUUCCCAAGCAUGGCUUCCUGUGUUCAAGUCAGAAAAACCCAAACACGAAAGAGCCAUCACCGACCAAGACUUUGUGGAUUGGAGAAAUGCCGUGUUGAAGAUAGGCUUAGAUUCAUACGGAAACGUGUAUGGUUCUGCUCAUCAGAUGAGUUCCUGCCGUAUGUCUGGAAAGGGCCCUAGAUACGGGGCUUGUGACGAGAACGGCCAUUUGUUUGAAUGUAAAAAUGUCUACGUUGCAGAUGCCAGCGCUAUGCCUACCGCCAGUGGUGCCAAUCCUAUGAUCACAACCAUGGCUAUAGCAAGACAUGUAGCUCUUGGACUUGUCAAGGACUUGCAACCAGCAGCAAAGCUUUGAUUUAUUUAUGUAAUGAUUGAAUACUAUUGUACACUUGCAAUUAGAUACACUGUGUACUACUGUAUAUGAUAUUAAAGAUUUUGUAAUU